AGCAUCAUGCUUGGCCAUGGAUGACGUCAGUCAUGGAUUAAGCUAAUAUUGCAAAUAUCUGAGCGUUUUCUUGGAAAACAUUCUUAUUUAGGGAAAUUUAUUAAUGUCCACGUGGUUAAAUCGGGGACUUUUUUUAUGUGUAUGGCAUAUGACAAGCUUAUAAGCGAGAUGAACAUGCUCAGAUGGUCACUUCAUACAUUUAGCUCCGAGAGUAACUGCUCAAAAUUCAAAAUGAUGAAUAUCGCAGAAAUGCCAAACUUACAGCAAGCCUUUCUCAAUGGCCAGAAAUACCUUGAAAAUCGAAGCACUAUUGUACUUGGAAUCAGCCCUGGCAAUCCACAUUACUACAAAACAGAGACGCUAGAAAGACUGUUUUCCUUGGCUGAAAGCAAUUCGGACAAGGUGCUGUUGUUUAUGCCCGACAAAAUCUCAGAACAUAAUUACAAAGCAGUUGGUUCCAAAAACCCUGAAAAAUCUGCUCGAGUCAAAGCCAACAGGUUACGAAACAAAUGCAAAGAGGUCAUGAAGCAAAUGGGCUGUGAAGAAAGAAAGUACAGUUAUGUCAAGUGGGUGGAAGAAGUCGAGUCUUGUCCUGCCUACACCAAAGCUUUUCAGAAUAUCAAGGAUCUUUGUCAACGAAACGAUGAGUUUCGCUGCGAUAUACAAGAAUCUACAGAGGCUGCUCUGAUAUCGAUGAAGAAUGGCCGUGAAAAUGCAUCAGGACCGACUGAUACCCCAGCCAUUGACCUAGAAGAAGGAGUGAAAUACCUGUUAAAAGAGUUAGCAUUUUUUGAUGUGUUGCCUAAAAUUCACAGAAACUGUGAGGAAUUUGUGUUCGUGUAUCAUCGCCCGUGGCCUGUUUUAGAAAAGUACUGUUGUGGUUUUUAUGAUGGGAUUGUAAAACCUUCUUUAGGAUACGUUGUAUUUUAGUAAACCAUCAUUCUGUUAAUAGAACCCUCAAAAGACUCAUUUGACAUUUUUUAAGAAACACUUUUCUUAGGGGCCGUUCUAUAUUUUCAGGCGAAGGCGAGGAUAAGCAACAUAAUUACCUGAAAGUCUUACAUGUAAAGAAAAUUUACUGAAGAACUGAGUCACGACGAAACACAAGCCAGUGUAUGAUUGAUGUAUUGAUAUACAAGAAGUGUAUAGUUUAUUGUCUUCCAUGUACAAAUAAAAUACUUCUUUAAAAAUU